AUGCUCCAUUCUACACUGGCCUUGUCCCUCCUGCUAAUUGCAGUCACUUCCAACCUUGCAAUGGCAAUUAAAAAGGAAAAACGAGCACCUCAGACACUGUCAAGAGGGUGGGGAGAUGAAAUUACAUGGGUACAAACUUAUGAAGAAGGGCUUUACCAAGCAAAGAAAAGUAACAAGCCACUGAUGGUAAUUCAUCAUUUGGAAGACUGUCAAUACUGCCAAGCACUGAAGAAAGCUUUCGCAGAAAAUGAAGAAAUACAGGAAAUGGCCCAAAAUAACUUCAUUAUGCUGAAUCUCAUGCAUGAAACCACAGAUAAAAACCUGUCACCUGAUGGACAGUAUGUGCCUCGAAUCAUGUUUGUAGACCCAUCUCUCACGGUAAGAGCUGACAUCACAGGCAGAUACUCCAACCGGCUUUACACCUACGAACCGCAGGACAUGAUGUUCUUAAUAGAGAACAUGAAGAAAGCACUACGCCUCAUUCAGACAGAACUGUAACCAGUGAAAUGACCAUAACCUCUACGAGGUGAAGCUGCACC